AUGGGGAAGACAGAGUUGUACUCUGUGUAUAAGAGCUUCCUGGACUGUCUCUGCCUCUCUCGGAGCAGCAGUGGGGGGCUAGGGAAGAACGAGAAGGCCCCUGACGAUGGUCACCUGGCCUACCAGAAUGGAGACGUUCUACAAGAGAGAUAUGAGGUUAUCAGUCUGUUGGGAGAGGGCACCUUUGGGAAGGUGGUGACGUGUGUGGACCGGCGCAGGGCUGGGGCACGUGUAGCUCUGAAGAUCAUUAACAACAUGGAGAAGUACAGACAAGCUGCUAAACUGGAGAUCAAUGUCCUGGAGAAAAUCAACGAGAAAGACCCACACAACAAACAUCAAUGUGUUCAGAUGCUGGACUGGUUUGACUACCAUGGUCAUGUGUGUAUCUCCAUGGAGCUGCUAGCCCUCAGCACGUUUGACUUCCUGAAGGAGAACAACUUCCUGCCGUACUGUAUGGAUCACAUCUGCCAGAUGGCCUACCAGAUCUGCCUCGCUGUCAACUUUCUCCAUAUCAACAAGCUGACCCACACUGACCUCAAACCUGAGAACAUCCUGUCUUUCAACUCUGACUACACCAUCACUUACAACGCUGAGAAGAAGCGGGAUGAGAGGAAAGUGAAGGAUACAACAGUAAGGCUGGUGGAUUUUGGCAGUGCCACGUUUGACCACGAACACCACAGCACCAUCAUAUCUACACGCCACUACCGUGCUCCUGAAGUUAUUCUGGAGCUGGGCUGGAGUCAUCCGUGUGAUGUCUGGAGUAUCGGCUGCAUCCUGUUUGAGUACUAUGAAGGCUUCACCCUAUAUCAGACCCAUGACAACCAGGAGCACCUGGCCAUGAUGGAGAGAGUACGGGGACCUCUCCCCUCUACGAUGAUCUGCAACGAUAACUCCAAGGCAGGACGAUUUGUCAAAGACCACCUGAGACUGGACUGGAACGAUAACUCCAAGGCAGGACGAUACGUCAAAGACCACAUUAAACCUCUAUGGGUAAUUUACCCCUGA